AUGUCUCGCUCUGCUGGUAUCAUCGUGGUGCUGUGGUCGCUGAUGACAUGUUCGCUUGGAUUCACAAUGGAUCGUUCAGCGGUUAUAUUGUCCACAUGGGACACGGCGCCGUCUUUAGACACCUAUCAAAGGAUACCCAUAGAUCCUACAUCGAAUGGCAAGAUACAAACAACGAAUACCGACAAGUUUCCGCAUGUGGAGGAUGCAAAGGUGCCGAUGAAAGUGAACGAUGGAAUGCAGGGGAAUCAGACACGUGAAAAGAGGUCGACGACGGAGAACAUCGGAGCCGGAAUAAAAGUUACCAGUGACGCGGUGUCAACAGUGAAAAAUGACGAUUCUUAUUCCUCCGAAGGAACCACAAGCACCGUCACUGCCCCCCGCAAUGUCGUCUUGCUCUUGAUCGACGACACCAAGGGUCACGACGAGAAAAGGAGGGAGAACACAUGGCAAGGCCGCGGGAAAACACUGCCGUUCACUAUCGAAGGAUCACUUCAGAGCUGCGGCGACAGGAUCGAGACUAUUGGUGUCUCCACGGAGAGCACGUUGGUUUCUGAAAGCAAGGAAAAAGACUGCGAUUGUGAGCGUCUGCUCUACACGAAUGUCAGAGAGUUGUUAUCCUGGGCGAAAUACACGAGACAAAUGGCAACAGUUUCUGGCGGCAACCUCUCCAAUCCAUUGCUUCCUGAUUACGUUUCUGGUCCGAGCGACAUUUCACCGACCGGGUUUGACGGAUCCAACGACGGCGAUAGGAAGUUAGAAUUGCGCAAAAGCAAGCGCGAUUCUAAUGACGCGUGGCAAGCGAUCGAUCUCGGUAACCGAGCGAAAUCUGUUCCCAUUUUCUUUAUGCCUGAAGCUAAGAGAGAGGUUGCCGAGCAAAUUUACAAUCGUUGGAUCAACUGA